AUGGAACAUAAUGUGCAAGCACUUACUAAUCUAUUAGAUGAAUUUGGUGCCAGACCAUCUCCUCCAGAAAUGGAAUGGGCACAAGAUAAUUGGUAUAAUAUUCAAGCAAUUGUUUAUCGAAUCUCUACCCUGCAGACAGGGGCGAGAAAAGGUAAAGGAAAACCUAUCGUUUGUUCAAUAUUAGGUGCAGUUAUAAUAACUGCAAUUAACAACAAAGAACAGCAGCAAAAAGCUCACAUGAAAGUGGUUAACUCACUGCAAGACUCAGUUAAGUCUUUGCAGAUGCAGUUGGAGGAACGAGAGGCUACUGUCACUGUCCUCCAGGAAGAGAUAAGGAAUGAAAGGGCUACAGCCCGUGUGCUCUGAGAGGAGCUGUAUGCAAGAUUAAUGAGAGAAGGAAAAAGGGAGUUAGAGCUGGAGUCACCUAAAGAAAUAUACCCCCUCUCUGACUUAAAACCUUUGCGUGACCAAGUGGAAAAGCUGUCAGUGUCUCUCCAUCCCCUAAUUAAAACAGAAUACACAUAUGAGGGCUCGGAUAACGAUACACCUCAAAUAACUACAAAAGAAGUCCCUUAUACAGUAACUGAAUUAGCUAAGUUAAAAAAAGAAUGUAGCAGAACUCCUAAAGAAACUGAGACUGAGUAUGUUUGGAGAGUCUCUCUUACUGGGGGUGACCAAAUUUUGUUAUUAGAAAAAGAGGUUGAAGGAUUUUGGGGAGCCAGAGUUUUUCUGACCACAGGAGAUAACUGUGCACCCUGGUCCCUUACCCAAAGAGCAGCCUAUUGGGCUGGAGGACUCAACCCCUUAGAAAGGGGAGAUCCUCUGGCUAUAGUGGGAAAUGUUAAUCAGAUUGUAGAAAGUGUGCAAAAGGCUGCUUGUUUACAAAUGAUGUAUGAUAGGGAAUUAACACCAAGAUGUGAAUCCCCGAUGAUGCUGCCUGUAGACCCUGAAAGAAUGAUUCCCCUUAUCAGGGGACUCCCUGAGGCUAUGAAACCCAUUGGCAUUCAGCUAAAAGGACAAAUAGAAAGCCUCACCAAAGGGGAAAGAACUGCAACCACUUUAGAAGCAGCUUUAACCCCCAGUCGUUACUGUGGAGAAAAUAAAAUUUGGACCUGGGUAGAAGUGGCACAGGAAUUAAUUAAUUAUGGAAGAGAAUACGGUCCAGUACCCUCAAUUACUACUGAUACUAAAUCAAUUCGGCACACCGAAUGCAAAAGUACUCCAGAGGACCCACUAACACUGGGGGAUACAGGGGAAAAAAGGAAUGACCUGUGGAUUGUGGGUUUGCAAAAAGGAAUCCCAAAAUCCCUAAUGGAUGGCCAACCCACAGAUAAAUUAGAAAAGGAGCAGGUGACACAUGCUGAGGAGGCCCCACCAUAUAAUCAGCUACCAGAAAAUGAAAAGCGAUAUGCUGUCUUCACUGACGGUUCCUACUAUAUUGGCUGCUGGAAUGGUGACCCUGCUGCCGACAGCAGGAUCCAUGGCAGAACCACCUGUGGCUGUGCUGUCCGCCCCGGGAGCCGUGGCAACGGGAGCCGUGGCAACGGACGGCACACGGUCCGUGGCCAGGGUUUCAACCGUGUGGCGCCAUCCACGGCAGGCGUGGGACUGGGACAGACUGGAGUGGGGCAAAUGGUGGCAUGA